AUGGAAUCACAAAACGGGCCUGUACCUCCCAGCCCCGCCCAGAUCGAAAAGGCCGUGUACGAAUACCCAUAUGCCAAAAUCGUCCAGCAAUACUUGGAUGGGUGGAUUAAAACACUUAAUAGUGGCACUGUCGUUAGCACCCUAUUGUCAGCCGUUGCUACUGCCUUCUUCAUUCACAUCCAAGAAAAGAUUGCCAAUAACUCGUCCCCCAGUACCAUGCCCUCAACACCGUCCUCGACGGCUCCUUCCUCCCAAACUGCAACGACACGGGCACUCCUCGUCUUCGCCUACGCUUCCAUAUUCGCCAACUGCACAGCAGCAAUCACGUCUUUCUAUCUCGCGAACUAUUUGCUGUAUAUUCCGAUUCAAAUCUCACAAAAGAUGUUUCGUCAAUCAUCUGUGGACUUUAACAUCAACAAUCUUAUAACGCAUAUUAAUAGCCAAAUUGGAUACGCCGAUUGGCGCAUGGUUCGAAUUUAUUGGCAGUUUACAUCCUUCUUCGGAUUCAUUUCCGUCUUUGUAGAGCUUGCGCUCUACGGAUAUCAAUUCGAGACCAGUCGAGACGUCAAGAUCGCCCUUGGAUUCUUGACCGUAAUGGGAGCUAUUCCUCUGGUCGCUUCUGUCUACAUUAUCAUUCAACGGAUUCGUAGCCUAUUGAACGAGAAUCCUACUCUGUGA